GUGUGCUGGCGGCGUGGUGGGGGGAGGGGGGGCAGCAGGGAGGCUCGGUCGAGGGAACAGUAAGCGAUGCGACUCAGUCGCGAUUCGAAGCCGGUCGUGGUAACCGAAUGCGUCGUGUAUCGUGUCGCGCGAGCACACGGUAUCCUCUUUAUUUCGUUUUUUUCGUUUUCAUAUAUUUUUCUGUGCUCCGUUGUGUUCCCUCUCGUAUGUUGAACGGAACGGUGGUGUUCACGCUGGAAUAUAUCGCUUUAAAAUCGAGAUGGCUUCGUUUACGUGUACUUUCCUCGUUUCACCUUGACGAAUACAACAAGAAAGAGAACGUGUUUUUUUCGAGCCUUUGCUCGUUUCCCCUCCGCUUCUUUGUGUUCCACCGUCGCGAGUGAUCACAGUGAAGAAGGCGAACAUUCUCUCCUUCGAAGAUGCUGACUUCUAGCGCGAAUCAGUACCUCCGUCCGGAAUAUCUUACUCCUUUACCUACUACGCUGGACGCGAAGAAGAGCCCGCUCGCGCUCCUGGCUCAGACUUGCAGUCAAAUAGGAGCGGACACGCCGUCCAACAAAUCUUUGCUGGGCUCGUUGGACAAAGGUUCGACGAGCAGCAACAACAACAACAACAACAACAAGUCGUGCAAGUCGACGGAUCAAUCGCGCGAGAAAUCGUCGCCGGGGAUCGUGGCCGACUCCUCCUCGUCCUCCUCC